AUGGAAGUGUUAGAAGAAAUGGGUCAUGAAGUGAAAGUUUCUGAUCUGUAUGCUCAAAAUUUUGAUCCUGUUAUCAGACGGAAAGAUUUUACAGAUCUUACAGAUGACACAAAACAUAUCAACUACAGCAGAGAAGCUGCCAAAUGCUACAAGAAGAAAACUCUAGCUCCUUAUAUCAUGGAGGAAAUAGAAAAGAUCUCUUGGGCAGAUCUACUCUUCUUUCAAUUCCCACUUUAUUGGUACUCUCUGCCUGCCAUCUUGAAAGGAUGGAUUGAUAAAGUGUUGAUUGAAGGAUUUGCUUAUGAUUUUAAUUGUGGUGCUGUCCUUGAAAAUGGACUCCUAAAGGGUAAACGAGCAAUGCUGUCAAUAACAACUGGUGCUCAGAGAUCAAUGUAUUCUCCAAAAGGGAUUGCAGGUGACCUUAACAUCAACUUAUGGCCAAUCCAGUACACGUUGGGAAUAUGUGGUGUGGAAAUGCUGAAGCCAUAUAUUGUUCAUGGUGCUCUGUAUAUAAAUGAGGACACUAUAAAAGGUGUUGAGGAAAACUUAAAAAAACGACUGACUGGAAUAUUUGAGGAAGAGCCAAUGAAGUUUUUAUCGCUAAAAUCCUAUGCUUUCCCUAAAGGAGAACUAACUGAUGAAUUCUUGGCUCAAGUUCAGGAUAAAGCUCCUACUGUGGGACAACAUAUGGGCAAACCAAUAAUAAAUACAUAA